UGCAUGCGUGCGUUGAGAGAGAGAGAAAGAGAGAGAGAGAGAGGGAGACAGAGACAGAAACAGAAACAGAGAGUGUGUCUGUGCGUGGCAACUGGGAAGGUGGAUACAAGCAUUAUCGGAGGAUUGGGGUGCACUCGCACACCAGACAAAGAAGCUUCGGGGUCCUGAGGGAUGGGGCACACCACGGGGCCGACCGGAGCUCGUACUGCCCCUCAGAAAAGCUUGCGUCGAGUGUGGCAGCGGGGUGGUCGAGGUUCAAAGGUCAGGCAUCGGGGGGGCACAAUGGAGGGUGAGCAGAACACACCUGCCUCCAGUGCCAGUAGCAGCAACACGGGCACCAGUACCACCAACACAAACUCCACAGGCAGCACCGGUGCCUCCACUGCCAGCUCCACCAGCACGAGCAGUACGAGCAGUGGAAGACAAGCCAUUUCACAGAUAUCAGUAUACAGCAGCAUACCUGACAGACAGACUGUACAGGUGAUCCAGCAGGCUCUUCACAGGCAGCCCAGCACAGCGGCGCAGUACCUGCAGCAGAUGUAUGCAGCUCAACAGCAGCAUCUGAUGCUGCAAACGGCAGCCCUGCAGCAGCAACACCUGAGCACAGCACAACUGCAGAGUCUAGCAGCAGUGCAGCAGGCCAGUUUGGCAGCCGGUAGGCAGAGUUCAAACCAGAAUGGCACCUCAUCUACCCAGAGUGGGGCAUCUCAAACCACAAUUAAUUUAACCACCUCCCCUGCUGCUGCUCAGUUGAUCAGUCGUGCUCAGAGCGUAAACUCCACCCCCUCUGGAAUCUCCCAGCAAGCUGUAUUGCUAGGCAACGCCUCCAGCUCCACCCUAACUGCCAGCCAAGCUCAGAUGUACCUGCGUGCACAGAUGGCUCAGCAGAGUAAUCUUGUGCAUGUAGCGCGGAGUUUGGGUCGAGCUGUCCCUCUGUCCUCCCAGCUUAUUCUUGCUCCAACAGCUACAGUAACGGCUCUACAGUCUGACACUAAUGCAACCAAUAACGCACAGUCUGCCUCAGCACAGGUGCAGAACCUUGCCCUGCGCAACCAGCAGGGGUCGUCUUCCUCCUCUCAGUCUUUGGGCCUCCAGGCACUGAGUUUAAAGCAGACCCCCAUCUCCAUUCAGCCCACCCCGCUCAUAAAGACGCCUAGCCAGGGUACCUCCAGCACUGGUGCCGGAAAAGGUAACUUGAACACUGCUUCCUCUGAUGGCGUGAAGAAAGGAGAGAGUGAAGGACCAACAGAGAUGAAAGCAGUGAACAUGAGUCGAAGUUCCCAUCCUUUAAUCACACCAGCGUAUGCCCAAAUUCAGCCGCAGGCCCUGAUUAAGCAGCAACCGCAUAAGUUUGUCAUUCAACCCCAAGCUCCACCCACCUCCAGAACACAGCCACAGUUACUGCAGACCGUCUCCAUCCAGCCCCACCAACAGACAGCCACAUUGGGCAUCCAGGGCUCCACCCAGACCACCUCUGUAGCAGGGAUUAUUCCGGUUUUGCCCAAACCAGCACUGCACAACCAGGGAUCGGCUCAACAAGCCACCAUCUUCCAUUCAACUGUAAGCCACAAUGCACUUAGCCAGCAUGGCUCACACUCGGCUCUGGCCCAUGCUAAAGCUCAACCAGUCCAACUAACAGCCAUCAAUCUCCAAAUCCAACCUGCACAAACCCAGGCUUCAAGACUUGCUCAGGAUGACAAGGAUAAGCCCACGUCAUUGGUGGUAAGAGAGAUUUGCCCACCAGUACAAGUGAAUCCAUCCACUACGGCACAGGGCCCUGACCCCCCUGAACAAUCCAAAGUGGACACUGUUAACACUACAUCACAAACACAAGGUUCCUUGGAGACUGCGCGUGAACCCGCGGGAGCACCGGUGACAUCGUCUAUGACCUCGGGAGCUACAAACGAGCCGCCACCGGCAGCCGUGACGGGAAGCGCGGCACAAAACGGCGAGAACAAGCCGCCUCAAGCCAUAGUAAAGCCGCACGUCCUCACGCAUGUAAUCGAGGGCUUUGUUAUCCAAGAAGGAGCUGAACCAUUCCCCGUGGAGAGGCCUCCGGUUCAGGCUGACAGCCCCAAGAAACCAGACAUGCAGCUAUCCUCAGAUCCAGAAAAAACAGCCAGCAGUAAUUCCCUCAGUGCCACUAAUUCAGACACUGAAGAAACUGGACAACAAGAUAUAAGGGUUCAAGAGGAAUCUGAUGAGCCCAAGCUUACCUGUGAACUCUGUGGAUGGGUCGAUUUCGCCUACAAGUUCAAAAGGUCAAAACGGUUCUGUUCCAUGGUGUGUGCGAAAAGGUACAAUGUCGGUUGCACGAAGCGGAUUGGUCUGUUCCACCCAGACAGAUCGAAAACAGCCAAUCGGUGGAGGAGGAGAUCUCAAAGUCACAGAGGCAGAGAGGCCAAGAAGCAGAGGCUCUCUGUAUCUCAGCAGUCUCAGGGAGAAUCCGUUUCCUCACCGCUCCCAUCACAGCCGAGUCAAGGAGAAUCCAGCCCCUGUUCGGAUAUCUCCAGUUAUGAGGAGGCAACUUCCCUGCUCUCUGCAGCCAGUUCUGGCCCCAUCGGCUCUCAAGUUGGAGUCGCUGCUAAUGAUCUGGAAGAACUUCCUCUCCUCAGUCAGCAUUUCCUGCCAUGUGACCCAACCAAAUGGAAUGUGCAAGAGGUGUUUGAGUUCAUUCGUUCUUUGCCAGGUUGCCAGGAGAUUGCAGAUGAGUUUCGUGCCCAGGAGAUUGACGGACAGGCCAUGCUGUUACUAAAGGAAGACCACCUAAUGAGUGCCAUGAAUAUUAAAUUGGGACCCGCCCUCAAGAUCUUUGCUCGCAUAAACAUGCUUAAAGAAUCCUAGCCUUGAAAGGCAGUUUGUGUAUUUGUCUAGGUGUGCACUGUACAGUAUGUGUCUUCAUGUCACCUAAACUUGACUACAGCACUCCAACUGCACAACAACUGUUUUAUUAUAAAAAAUAAUACAUAAAGACAUAAAGAUGUCUUUUGGCUCUAAACUAUUGGGGCUAAAGCCCAAAUCUGCACUUCCUCAAGACAAGAACUGAAACAGAAACAGAAAACUACCUAUGAAGAAUCGCACAAAUAAUGAUUUUUACCAAAUGGUAGGUUCAUGUAUUCCGUAAGCGCAAUGGAUCGGUGAUUUGGGAUUAAAUAAAUUAUGAAAUAAAAAAGUGACAUGCCAGAACUACGUUUACUGGAACCCAGAAGAAAACUUUGGAUUUUGUGGGUAUAACAAUGCUGCAUCCCAAACAGAACCAAGCCCACAGCUUGACACAGACAAUAUGAACUGUACAGUAUAUGAUUGUUGUUGUUUUGUAGGUAUGAUUUUGUCUUAUUGUACAUGCCAGAUGCUUCUGUAUAAAUGUUCAAGUAAAUUAUUCUUACCUUCAUGUGCGAGUAUUUGUAACAUAGCUGAACCGCAACAAACUGGUGCUAUUUCACUGUCGCAUUUCCUUUGAGAAGACUUGAAUGCUGAAGCACAGAACUUUGAACCUGAAAACCUAAAUGACCUGUAGGAAGUGACUCAGUUUAAAAUUCUUGUUGCGUGUUAGUACAGACACUCAUUUCUGAAAACCCUGGUUUUGAGAUGCAUAUUAAGUUGUAUUUAACAUGGAUAUUGGGAAUGAUGAUAUGUAAAGUUUUAUCUGUGCCUGGCUUUUCAUUGUUUGUUACUAGAGAGGAUUGUGAUCAUGGAUUGUGUUUUGUAAGUUUAGUACAAUGCUUUGUGAAAUGCCUGUAUUUAUCAGAAGAAUGAAAUUUGUAAUAUAAAUUUUUUUAAUGAAGGGUUUUUGUUAACAUUUUUUUAAGGCACAUAAAAAUGUAUUGUCACUGCAUAGAAAAAAUAUCAAAUCAAUUGGAAUCUGCAAACAGAUGAUGCAAGAGCUUUUCUCAGAACUAAUGUUACUUUUCUAUCAAUUUUUGCCAUUUCGUUUGACAACCAGAUAUGGCCCUAAUCCUUAAGAGUUAGUUUACCCAAAAGUUAAAAUUAUCUUAUUUACUCACUCUCAUGCCAUCUAAGAUGUGUAUGACUUUCUUCUGCAGAACACAAAGAUUGUUAGAAGAAUAUCUCAGCUCAGUGAAAAAGGAGUUAUAUUUUGGUCUGUUCUCACCCAAAACCAACUGGAUCGCUUCAGAAGACAUUGAUCAAACCACUGGAGUCUGAUGGAUUACAGUUAUGCUGACUUUAUCUCUUUGGAGCUUCAAAUGCAUGAUCACCAUUCACUUGCAUUGUAAGGACCUACAGAGCUGAGAUAUUCUGCUAAAAAUCUUCAUUUGUGUUCAGCAGAAGAAAUUAAGUCAUACACAUCUGGGAUGGCAUGAGGGUGAGUAAAUGAUGAGAGAAUUUUAAUUUUUGGUAAACUAUCCCUUUAAUAUUGAACAGUGUGUCUAUUUUAUCAUUUAAAACCUAACAAACUUAUUUUGUGCUUUACAGCUAUGCUUGUGCUAUCUUUAAAAUGAAUGCAACUUGGUGUACCAUUUUUAUUAUCUAAUGCAAUGGCGUGCCUACAUUAAAAAAUGUGGCUUAC